AUGGAGUCAUCAUCUGAGGUCAAGAGAUCAACCCAUGUCAUCACUUUACAACCAAAUGAAACUGUACUGACUGCGUUUCCCUAUGGACCUCAUAGCUCUCUGUUGGAUUUCCUAAAGGGAGAGCCAAAAGUCUUGGGGGCUGUCCAGGUCCUGUUUGCCCUGAUCAUUGCGGGUGUCGGAGCUAUAUUUGCCUUUAAUUACUUCCAUUUUGCCCAAAGAUUUCCCCUCGUUUUCUUCACAGGAUAUCCAUUCUGGGGAGCAUUUAUUUUUAUUAUUACAGGAUACCUCACAGGAACCAACAAUAAUGAAAAAUGUCUGGGACAAAGUGUCACAGGCAUGAAUGUUAUCAGCUCCUUGGUCGCGGUGGCUGGGAUCACUUUAACCAUUAUCAGCUACAGAUACCAACACAAGUACUGCCAGGCGCCUUCCCUGGAAGGAAUAUGUGUGAUAGGUAGAGUCCUUUACAAUGGAAUUUUGUCGGUCUUACUGAUCAUCAACAUAGCACAGCUCGGCAUCUCUGUGACUGUCGCCUCCUUUAGAAGCAACUGCUGGGCAAGUUCAAAUGAGAUUGUGUUUUUCUUGCCUUCGGAUGUUACUCAAGAUAGUGAACUAUCUGUCCCAAAAGAAAAUGCUGUAAUACAGUUUGAGCUUCAAGAAGAAUCUGCAAGUGAUGAUUCAAUAACAAACAUAAAACCUGUUUUCUUUGGAGGCUAUACUUUCUUCAAGCUAAGAGUCACAAAAAAUCCUUUAACUUUCCAAUGUGCAGGCAGGAGACGCAGCAAUAGUUACUACACACCUUCUCUAUUUGUGGCAGAUGAACAACAGAACUACAUCCCUCCAGAUUUAAACCUUUCUGAAGAAGAAUUGGAGUUGAAACCUUUGCCUCCCAUGGUAGAGAAAAAGCCCUCAGAAAUUAUUACGGACAUUGAACAACUAAAUGAUGAAGACCUACAAGAUGCUAUCAUACAAUCCCCAGAAAAGGAAACCCAAUUGCUGCAGGCUCAAGUCUCACCACUCCAAGUUUUUCCAUCUUAUUCUGUAAAAAAUCUCCAAGCUUUACCACCCCAAGACUUGUCAUUCCAAGAUCUGCCAGUCCAAACUCUGCUAGAACAAGCCCUGUUGUCUGAAGGCCCAACAUCUCAUGUCACAAAGUCUCAUGAACUGACAUCCAAAGACAUGCCAUCCCAAAAUACAGAAUCCCAAGACCUGCUAUCUCAAUACCUACCAUCCCCAGACAUGCCUGCCCAAGAUAUCUCUUCCCAAAGGCAAGUUCUGCCUGUAAAUGCUAUACCAUUUGAGGCCACAACAUUACUUGCUGUGCAGUCCUCUAAUAUACAACACCUAGAUCAACGAUCUCUAGAUCUUCAACUACAAAACAUCCAAUCUCAAGAACAGAAAGCUAUACAUUUAUCAUAUCAAGACAUUAAAUCAGAAGUCAUGUUACUGACCGAAGAAUGGAAAUCUGAGGAGGAACUCCGUGGCAGGAAACCAUCAAAGCAGCAUUCUCAACAACAGCAAAGCAAAGGCUGUCCGUGUCUAAAACAGAAACCCCUUGACCUGCAAAUCCAAGACCAACAAUCCCCAAGGAAGAAAUCCCUAGACAAGCACACCAAAAGCUGGCUAUCCCAAAAGAGGCACUACGUGGAUAAGCAAAUCCAAGUUAAUCAAAGCAUACUGCAACUCACAGAUCAGCAAGCUGAAGACCUGCAGGUCCAAGAGGAGAAACACCCAAAGCAGCUAUACCAAGGUUUGCAAUCCCAAAUCCAGGAGUACCACGACUGGCAAUCUCCAGACUGGAAAGCACAAAGCUUAGGCCAACAAUCCCAAGGAUGGAGAAUUCAAGACUGGAAAAACAAAGAAUGGAAAACACAAGAAUGGCAAUUUGAAAUGCAGCAUUCCCAAAAUUGGGAAUCCCACACCUGGCAAACCCAAGAUCUACAAGUGAAAGAAUCCCGAAAGCAGAAAUCUCUAUUCCAAGAAACCCAGACUUUGCAUGCCGUAAUUCCACCUCACCUAGAUGAACAAUUACAAGGCGUUCUACAACAAGACAGUCAGCACCAAGAGAGAGACCAACAAGACCUUCAAUCCUCUGGAAUCCAAAAAGAAGAUAUGGAAACGGAUGCUGUGCGAACAAGGGACAUCAAACCAGAGGACAUGAAUUGUGGAAGCCAAACCCCAAGUGACAUGCAGUCAGAAGACAUGAAGCCAGAUUUUAACUGUUCCUCCUACCAAAGCUCAGUACAAGACACACGUCUCACCUGUAUGUCCAAUAUAAAUUCAGAACAAGAUGUGCAACAAAACACUUCAACCUGCUCAACUGCAUCCAAAGAAGAUCCAUCCUUAACUUCUACCUCCUGUGAUCCAAAAGAAACACAGCAAUCUGAAGACUCUGACUAA